GAACCCUACCAGAAAGAGCCUCUCAUCGUUGUUGACGGAGGAGCUGGAGGCAAUGGAGAACGGCGAAAUUCCUGAAGAUGCUAAUGAAAAUUGCCCAGGUCCUCAAUCGGAGUCGGCAGGGAAAUCAGACGCUUGCCAAGGAUGUCCCAACCAAUCAAUUUGUGCUACUGCUCCUAAAGGCCCUGAUCCAGACCUGGUUUCGAUAGCUGAACGAAUGGCAACGGUUAAGCACAAGAUUCUAGUUCUAUCCGGGAAGGGCGGGGUUGGAAAGAGCACGUUCUCUGCCCAGCUUUCAUUUGCGCUAGCUGCCAUGGACUUCCAGGUCGGUCUCAUGGACAUCGAUAUAUGUGGCCCAAGUAUACCAAAGAUGCUAGGCCUAGAAGGUCAAGAUGUGCAUCAGAGCAACCUUGGAUGGUCCCCUGUUUACAUAGAGUCCAACCUUGGAGUUAUGUCAAUAGGAUUCAUGCUCCCUAACCCUGACGACGCAGUCAUUUGGAGAGGCCCUCGAAAAAACGGGCUCAUUAAGCAGUUUCUAAAGGAUGUGUACUGGGGAGAACUCGACUUUCUGAUUGUCGACGCCCCACCAGGCACUUCAGAUGAACACAUUUCAAUCGUACAAUGUCUCGAAGCUACUGGAAUCGAUGGCGCAAUCAUAGUCACCACCCCACAACAAGUUUCUCUCAUCGACGUGCGCAAAGAAGUGAGUUUCUGCAAAAAAGUCGGUGUCAAAGUCCUUGGUGUCGUAGAGAACAUGAGUGGCUUGACUCAACCACUGUUAGAUCUGAAGUUUCUAAAGACAACUGAGACAGAGGAGCAGGUAGACGUAACAGAAUGGGCAGCAGAGUACAUCCGAGAAAAAGCGCCCGAGCUGCUUAACUUGAUUACUUGCAGCGAAGUGUUCGAUAGCAGUGGGGGUGGGGCUGCAAAAAUGUGUAGGGACAUGGGGGUGCCAUUUCUAGGGAAGGUGCCAUUGGAUCCACAGCUUUGUAAGGCAGCAGAAGAAGGAAGGUCCUGCUUUGGUGACCAGAAAUGUAGGGUAAGUGCCCCAGCACUGAAGAAGAUCAUAGAGAACUUGCUAGAAAGCCAAGGGUUGUCAACAAUGUCAAUAGACGAUAAGGCUUAGAACAGAAUUAAAAGAGGUAAAUCUGAACAUUUUUGAGUAAUUUAAGGUUGUUGUGCUAUUAUUCUAUACACAAUUUGCUUCCAUUCAAGUUUAUAAACUCAUGUUUGUUUCUCUUUGUUUGUAAGAUAUAUCAUUGGUUUGAUCUCCAA